CAUAAAUAAAGGGUAGCACAGAAGCCAAGCAAUCGAAAGAAGAAAGACUCUCGUGCUCGUUGAAUUUGAAAGAGAAAGGAGAAAAAUGUAUCAUCCAACCAGAGGUGGCGUUCGUGGUGGCCGAGAUCAAUUUAGCUGGGAUGAUGUAAAGGUGGAUAAACAUAGGGAGAAUUAUCUUGGUCACAGUAUUAAGGCAUCCAUUGGGAGAUGGCAAAAAGGGAAGGAUUUGCACUGGUAUACAAGGGAUAAAAAUUCCAAGGGUUCGGAGGCAGAGGCUCUAAAAGAAGAGAUUAGAAGAGUCAAAGAAGAAGAGGAGCAGGCCAUGAGGGAGGCUCUUGGACUGGCUCCUAAACGCUCUAGUCAACCUCAAGGGAAUCGCCUUGAUAAGCACGAGCUUUCUGAACUUGUGAAACGAGGGUCCACUGCUGAGGACUUGGGUGCAGGCCAUGCCGAAGCAGCACGAGUAGACGGUCUUGGUUUCUCAAGAAUGCCACGUCCAUGGGAAGAUCCAAGCACACUUCCGUCCACUCAGAAGGAAGCCUCACCUGAGAUGGUCAAGGUGGAGGAACCUGUACCAUCAACUGCAAACGCUGAAGAAGGUGAAUCAGAAUAUGAAAGCAGCAGGAAGAGAAAGAGGCGUGAGGAGAAGCGACAGGAAAAGCACGACAGACAUGAGAAGCGACGGGAAAAGCACGACAGACAUGAGAAGCGACACGAAAAGCAUGGGAAGCAUGAAAGACACGAGAAGCUGUAUUCUCGUGAUUCAGAUGAUAAGAGAAGCCAUAAGAAGGAGAAGGAGAAGGAAAAGAGGGCAUGAAUCCGUUCGGGAUCGAACAUCUUACGGCCACCUUUGUAUUGUUUCCUGUGUUAUGGAUUGAUAUCUUAGUUUCUCUUCUGCCCUUUCUUCCUUGGUGGAAUGGUACAAAAUUAUAUGGUGUGAUUUGUUUUGUAGUAACUUGCAAGAGAAUGCAGACCUGUCCGUCGAAAGCAGGCGAGUUGAAAUUCAAGCUUGAGUUUAUGAUGGCAUAUCAUGUUAUGUUGCAAUUA